UUCGUGAUCCAACUUGUAAUCCGAUUUCAAUCGACUUGCAAAACGAAAUCUCUUGCGAGAAACUCGUUAUUCGUUUGUCGACAAUAAUACAUUACAGCAGCUGUUUUCAUUAUUUGACAAUUACAAAUUAAUUAUAUUUACGAAUAUAUAUCCGUGCUUAUAAGACAAGCUGUCACUUUAUUAAAAAAACGUAUCAGAAUGGAAAUAAGGAAGUCCAAUGAUAUUGCUAUGGAAAAUAAGGACAUCGUGGCAAAUGUUGCUUCCGUAUUUGAAAACUUCCCAUUACCAAGGACAGUUUUACAACACGGUUCAAAAACUACAAGUAUUGUUAGCGCAAUAAAUAGAUUACUGAGUAUGUAUCAUCCUGACGAUGGUGUAGCUGCAUACGAACGUGCGUUACAAACUCUUCUUGUUUUAACUGAGAAUUUUGAUAGUAAUACUCGGCAACAGAUGAUUUCUAUGGUCCCAUUGCCAAAAGGUGCUUCGAACGAAGCAAUAAAAGACAUAAUGUGUAAAAUUACUGGCACAAUUAAAACAGCUAAUAGCACGACCACGUAUCAAAAGUAUGAUUCACAUUAAAGUAUUCCUCUGUACAUUAUUAACGAGUAAAAACAUUUAUUAUACUUCUUAAAGAAUUACUGUUA